AUGAGUGAUGGUAAAGAACCUGAAGUUGAUCCAGGUAAGAUUUGUCCAAGACGAGAAGAUAUCGAAGGAAACUGCAAAGAUGAUGGGGUGAAUGUGUGUGCGAAGUAUAUGUCGACAACUUACAAGAGUAAUUAUUUUAACUGCACAUGUGAUAAUCUCUUUAUGUUAGAUAAGAUCAAGCGUUAUUGCCGAUGUGAGGAACUAUGCAGCGACGUACUUCCACCUCGUUAA